AUGGAUGCAACCACCGGCGUGAAGCUUUCAGCAACAGGAAGUGAGAAUGAUCUGAGGAACGAAAAUUCCUCAAAGGCCUAUAAGAUCUUGGGAGCCGCCGACAUCCCAUCACACGAUGACUACUCAAAGCAAGACGACAAGAGAAGAUCGAAAAAGCCGAGCUUCAGACGAUCUCCGGAUGUGAACUCGCAAAAGAGUGGUGGAAGUUUCGUUCCCUUUCCGACCGCCGCUUCAGAAGCCACUCUCCCGCCAGCCCAUCUGCGUGUCCGAGCCUCGUCACCUCUUUUAGGCCUAGAAUAUCGGACGGAGGAUACAGCCCUGCCCGCUGUACCCACAGCAUCGAAGAAACUACAUUUGACAGGCUCGUCUUCAGCCCUAUUCUCGUAUUUUAGCUCCAAAGAAUCAACAACAAACUCGAGUCUGGCUGUUGGAACCGCAACCACCGACCUUGGAAAAAGCGAGGAUCGCAAAUCCGGACCGGGGCAAAAUGCAGAACCCCGUCACGGGCCGAAACAACCCAAAGGAUCUAUGAAGGACUCGCGGAGGAAGAUGCGGCCGUCUCGAAUUGAUCUUUCUCUACUGUUUCCCAAGCCAAAGGCGACCGCUGCGCCUCUCCUGUCUCCUCAACGUAUGGUGGAUUCGCCCUCUCCUAUCUCAGUGAUCUUCGAGCAGACUGCGAUCAACCCACAAGAAUCGCGAACCCAUUACUCCGAUCACAAGCUGACGAAAACACCGGCUCGUCCGAGAGCCUCUAUCCUCAAAUCUACCGACCACCACAGUCCUGAACCAUCUACCACUCACAAGACCAAAAGCUCGGACUGGUUGAACCCUUCCUUUGAGAAGACCAUGAGUACGAACGAGAUGGACAUCGCUCUGCAAAGGUAUAGCGACAGGGAACAUAAUCCCCAGGUGUCUGAACGAUCGCAUGCGCAAUUUCCAAACCGAGACAGACUUGUGAUGAAGCGCGAUCCAAGGUCGACUGAGCAGGAGUCAAGAGACAUAUCGUCUAAUAGCUCCGUGAGCGAGUGGAGCAGAGAGUCCUACUUGUCUCCUAAAACUUGCCUUCCACCGAGAGCUUAUCGGGCUUCGAGUGCUGGCCGCGAUGGAGCUAAUUUAAAGAACUCGAUGCCCAAGAAAACCAGCAAGAGUACAUUGAGGACAGUGGACCUCAACCAUUCAAGUGUACUGUGUCUGUCUUCGUCCGAAGAUGAAGAGGAGGAGGAAGAUGAACAUCAAGACUAUACUAAAGGUCAUUCUGAUGCAAGUGCGAGAAAUAGUGUGGCAACUUACGGCGAGUUCGAGCCUGAAAUUUGCACAGCUUCUGCAGCACAUACCACUAAAGGCACUCUACGAAGCGUCGACCGGCCAAUAUCCGGCAUCAGUCGUGGAUCGCAAUAUAGCCAGAGGAGCCAAUCUAUCCGUCGAAACCCCUCCAUGUCGUCAGCGGGAAGAUCAUCGACAGCAACUAGAAAAAGUCAGUCCCGCCGAUCGAGUGGGAUCCCCACCAUCUCCGAGCCGGAAAUCUAUUAUGGCAAUCCUACAGUCAACUAUUCCAAGCCUGUUCCGCGCACCAGAAGCUCAAUGACGGCGCAAAAAGAGACGAAUCGGCGAAGCCGAGUCAUUGCAGUGACACGGCAAGAAGAACACCUUUUGGAAGCGAUGAGACAGAGGCAAGGCAAAAUCACGCCUAGUCUCUUCAAUGAAGUUCGUGUUUCAGAACCCGAUCAGGGAUCCAUGCUUUCCGUGCCUUCGCGCGACUCAUUUUAUGGCACGGAUAUGUCGUUCUUACGCCUGAGCCCCGGCCUAUCGGCUAGAUCCGGGCAGACCGGUUCGAGCACCGAUCGGGAAGGGCUGGUUUUUCAAAGCAGUUCCUCUGAUGGGGAACAGAAGACGGUCUACUCGUUUCCCUCACCUCGCACUAGUUUGGCGUACUCUGAGAGUCUUCCGUCUCCAGUCACUAGCGGAGCUUCUCCUUUGACACCUACGCAUCCCUCAUAUCGCCUCUCAACCCUUCCAACGCAGAAACCAACCCCAAUGCGUCCUGCCCCAGCUGUGCCCAAGGCACAACGCCGACACUCUAGAAGACGAACUGAUAGCAGUGAAGCGAUCAUCCUCGAAGAGUCGAACGAGACACCGCAGAGCGAAGACUUCCCACUCUGGGCUAUCAGGUGGCAAAACGAGAAUGGCAACAUGACAGCUGUCCAUUAAAAAAGCACGACCGUCUUCUAGUCUUUACGAAACCCACGUUUGAUCACACUCUUAUAACGCCUCGACCUUAGCCGAGACUCACUCACUCACUUGAUGCAUUUCAUACUAUCUACAUACCCACCUGAACACUCGUUGCUUUCUCACUGAUACCUUGCUUAUUGCUAUUUGUCUUUUGGAAACAUGACGCCAUAG